AUGUUUUUGGCGACGAACCGGUUCAUAUGCGAAAUCUGCAACAAGGGUUUCCAGAGGGACCAGAACCUGCAGCUUCACAGGAGAGGGCACAACCUGCCAUGGAAGCUGAAGCAAAGGAACAACAAGGAGGUGAUCAAGAAGAAGGUGUAUAUAUGCCCGGAGAAGAGCUGCGUUCACCAUGACCCGUCUCGAGCUCUCGGGGACCUCACUGGGAUCAAGAAACACUUCAGUAGAAAGCAUGGGGAGAAGAAAUGGAGGGCGUUUUGUGAUGCAUUAGCGGAGGAGAGUGCGAGGUUUACUACUUCUGUCCCGAAUCUCAACUUCCGUAACGAAUUGCUGUCCGCCGGGAAUCCCGGAUUCGGAUCUCACGUUUUCCGGCCGCCGCAGAACGAGCUGAUGGUGGGUGUGGACGCGGCGGGGAAUCAUCAUCAGCUCGGUCUCGAUGGGCAUAAGUCGCGGCUGCCGCUUUGGCUGGACGCCAAUAACGCCAACGAGUUCGCAGGCAGCGGCAGCUUAGCUCACGAGCUCCUACAAAUAGCGGCGCCGCCGACUAAUAUGCUGGGUUUGUCUUCGCAGAACCACUGGUUUCACGGCAGCGGCAGCGCGUCUUCGUCGUCGCUACCGCCGGUGAUGAAGGAGGAGGACGACGGGAAGAUAAGCUCCAUGUUCUACGAAGCGGCGGCGGCGGGAACCGUGCCACCCUCCUAUAAUUAG